GAUCUACCAUGAUCUGCUGACUGACCUGCGUUCUUACCAUCUUAUUCUUAGGCUGGCAUGGGCAUGGGGGAGCUUGCUGGCCCUCGUGCCUCACCAUGGCAUGGGCAUGGCAUGGCCUUGCGGGCAUUCCUCUGGGCCGCCCCAGAACAUCCAAUCGUCAUGGUACAUCGUUAUCCCAGACCACUGAGCUGACGAGGGCUAGGUUCGGGCCGCAGGUUUCAGUAUUCCUUCUUCUCCGUCCUAGAGUAGAGGCUCGGCAGUAUUACGCUUGCUCAGUGGCGGGCACUGGCAUGCAGUGCUUAUCUGCAAAGAGCAUGCAGCUGACGUCGUGUGCAAUCGGUGUGCUGUGCUGUUUUUGAUUGUCGGUCAAACCAGCUGCAGCCUAGUGAACUGCGUGCUGCUGGAGAAUUUCACUGCCGAUCACCAUGCACUGGCCGUACAAACAUCCAACAACGGCCUGACAAGCCCUGAGACAGCGAGGGCGAAGUCCAGAGAUUCACUGGCUGAGAGAAAUGUCGAUAAUCAUGGCAUGUCGGUCAAUACGCCAGAUAAGAACCUGCUGCAAGUCGAAAACCGUAUCAGCUUGCCGUCGUCACUUGCAAGAACGUUGGCCAGAUUAACCUGAGCUGACGAAAACUGUCUUUCUAGGAUCGCCUCGUGGGCCACCACCAAGCUAAAGCUGAUCGAGUUAGCGACAGGGAGACUCUACCUGAAACUAAUGGAGGCCUGAUACCGAGCAUUGUUGAAGGGAUCGUCCUGGACAACCCACCUGCUGGCUCUUGAGCGAAGCCGAGCAUUCUGCCCUUCUGAUCUGCGCAGGAACUGUGCUACCGGUACCUGUCGUUUCAUCCCGCGACCCAAAGCUGUGGUCUAGAUCCUGCAGCUGCUCGUGCUGAUGUCGCUACGAUCUGCCUCCGCUCGCCCUGGACUGCCGACGCCGUGAAGCUGAGGAUUGAGGUGAAAAGUCCGAGAGAGAGAGAGAAAGUGUGUGCACGCCAAGGCUUCGUCUUCUGGACGGUGAUUUGCUGGACAUUAGUGAUACCAUCAUCUACCAUGGUGGUGAUGGGAUCAUGGCGGACGAAUCGGAAAGGUGCUUCUCCGUUUCUUGCCGCACUCCUUCUCUUGUGUCUUAUGCCAGCUAUCGCUUCCGGCCAGAUUCGACAGCGAACAGUGCCCGACACCAAGCCGGCACACCUAGGCACGCAAGGCAACCAGGAGGCGGAGGUGGACACCAGGACUGACGUUGUCUACGUGGACUGCUUCACGGAACCAGCACACUCGACACUGCACGUACUCGAUGUACAGCUGCGCGAUGUCACACGGGCCAUGUUCCGUAGUCCGGCCGAGCAGAAGCCACCGACGUGCGCACGCGCGUGCUGGAUUGCUGGCUAUCCGUACGUCGGUGUGAAGGGCUACUACCAGUGUUGGUGUGGCAAGGAGGUCAAGCUACGCCUGUUUCCCAGAGGACGAUGUAUGGCAUGCCUGGGCAGCUUCCAGUACCGCUGUGGCAUGACGGACUCCAUCGCCAUCUACAAGGUCAAUCAAGUACCACCACAGGCAUCAGUGUGCCAGGGAGAUCGCACAGCGGUUGCCGGAGCAACUGUUACGCUGCAGUGCCUGGCCAGUGGUGACGAGCCGAUACAGUUCAUGUGGAAACUGCCCAGGUUCAACCCCAGGGCAUUCGUCAAUGGCGGAUCACUGACCAUACGGAAUGUGCAGCCGUCAGACAACGGCGAAUACCUGUGCACUGCUAAGAACCCCUACAUUGGCAUGCCUGCACUAAGAACUAGCAAUGCCACAGCUAGGCUCACAGUGCAAACACCACCAACAGCCCAGGUGAAGGUGCUGCAGCUGUUUUCUUUGGGACAUGCAGGCACACUGCUAUGUGAGGCGAGUGGCGAUCGGCCACUGCAGCUCGGCUGGCUGAUCGGAAACACAACGGUUAGCCUGGCCACCCUGAACACGGCAAAUCUGGCGGUGACGUAUGAUCACAACGCUGGCAGAUCAACACUGACUGUCAAGAACGUGACGAAGGACAGCGAAGGUUUCUACUACUGCGAGGCAACCAACAAUCACAUCAUCGACCUUUCCAAGCGUAGCUUCAAGGCGCCGUUCUACUUCAGCUCUGAGCAUGGAGCUGUAACAAGUUUCCAUCAAUCCACCUCUGCUCAGACAGCAACACUCACGACCAAGAGGCAUGCUUUUACCACCGUAGCAAAGACAGAGGUCCACGCACCAACCGUGUCUCAGGUACCCGACAGGACGAAGGACAGCACCGACUACAAUGUACCACCGAUGAAGAGCGGCUUCUUUGGCCUGGGUGUUGACACGAUGACGGUGGUAGCAAUCCUGUGUGGAGUGUGUGCCGUGCUACUACUGCUGCUAACCAUGGUUGUGUGUUACUGGCAGCGCCGCAAGGUAGCCGAGCUGGACGAGAAGAGGCACACAGCUAGGCUGAGUACAGGGCAUGUCCUGGGCUCCACUGGAUCAUACCUCUACCCCAGUGUGAGUGACAGCGAUAGCACAGGGAUGCGAACCGUCAACGGCGACUGUACAAUGGAGUCCUCACUGGCACACCAUCAGUCCACCGAAUCAGCAGAUGACAAGGAUGCUGACGGUGAUGAGUAUGAUCUUCAGCCGCGUGGGGCAUCGCUACACGACAUGUACGUGCUGGACGAGGAGGGAGAGUUUCAAGCACCACGCCACCUGGACCCGCUGUCCACGUCCUACUUUGAACGCGGGGGACUGGCGUCAAGUGCUGGCACGUCAUUCUUCACUAACCCAAGCGUGUCGGAUUUAUAACACACACUCUAAGCAUGCUUAGUGUAUUCCCCGUACAUCCACAUGGACUUCUUCCUGCUUUGAAACUUGAGAGACUUGAGUUAUAGAUAUUGUUGUGAGCGGCAUUGAUUGAUAGCCGUGCACACCUUUAUAAGCUAAGACAUGGUACACAGCAUACAUUAUAUUUCCUGGAAGAGAGAUUCGUCAAUUCUCCUCACACACGUGGGCCAUGCCGCAUGCAGCACUCGCUGGUACUGUGAGCAUGAGCCACUACUGGCACACUACAAUAUCAAUCAUUAUAAUUAUUUUAUUAAUGCGAUUAAUAGUAUAAGUGAAGCGGACAUUACAAAAUGAUGAAUGAGAAUACAUGUA